AUGUCCUCGCUCAUGCCGAUCUGCUCCGUCCUCGAGCUGACGACGCCGUGGACUGCAUCCCCCGUGCCCGCCAAGUACCUCGUGUCCCCCCACCGCCGCUGGCGCCGCUGCAAUCGACUUCCCACCAUCGCCCGGAGCUUGAGGGAGAGCUUACAAUGCCAAUUUCGUCUCCACCACCGCACACGCAGGUGCUUGCAGGGGUCGCGGCCGGCUGCCGUCGAGGCUGUCGUGGGUCAAUCGAGGUCAGCGCUACAGGGUGGCGAUGUCGUUCCCGCCCUGGGGCUUCCUGCUAUUGUUGUCUGGGCUGGUUCUGGCGGGCACCAUUGUGAGUCUCGCCCCGCCACAUUGGACUUCCUGCUCCUCAGCCCGGUGUUGGUCCCAGGCUCCCAGCCGCACCCACCGUCGAGAUUGUGGUUUACUCGCGAGCUGAGCCGUUCUGAAAUUCUGAACCUCCGUCGUGCUCGGCUGCUAACGGGGACCUCUGUCAAAGUUACCUCCGCAUGGCCGGUUCAUGAGACGCACUGUCAUCUUCCUCCAGUGUGGUUGAUUUCAACAAAUUACCAUUCAGAUAGAAUUCUCAAUUGUAGCCUCAUCAGGAUUGACAUAAGAGUGGCAGCAGGCAGUUCCAUCGUCGGGUUAGUCUGGACCCGCCGAACCCUGGCGAUGACUAAGAACCAGAGAUCCACGAUGGGCACACUGAACUUGAGUACCCAGGAGAGAAAAUGGACGAAGGGUCCAUGCCGACAAAUCCGUGAAUGGCCAUCUAGAUCUGGAUUCUACCUCGCCCCACUAUACAACAAGCCUUGUGUUGCUCCUUCUCGCGGAAAACACCAUCGAUCAUUUACAGAAAUGUGCAGUUACCAGAGAACUUCAGUCGCUCCCAACACAAAAGAAGCGACUAGCAUUAACGCUGCAUCAUAAUAAGGAGCUCGGAGUCGACCGCCUCAUCCAUGGGACACCUGUACAUGCUCUCUGCAUUUUGCCUCAAAAUAAGCCUCAGUAAAAUAACAACGAGCAUAUCUAUGUGCUGGAAGAGAACGUCAAUAUCGGAGGCUGGCGCAGCAGAGCGCGCCGGGUCCAUCUAGUCCACUCUAUAACAAGCGACUUGCAUGGUGACGAAGUGUACUCGUUGAAAUUGGACAAUUGUGGCCUUAUGUAUUGGAGAGAAGACAAAAGCAUCGGCGAUGGACUAGGGAGGACAGGAUACUGGAUAACGGGAUUGGACAAUAAUCCAGUCUUGUAAUGGAUCGGCUGAUAUUUUAGCAACUUGGUGGUUCUUUUAAAAUAGUGAAAUUCAUCCACAUUACUUCAAUUAAGAAA